AUGUUGAGUAAAAAACGCAAAAUCGACAGCGAAAAUAAGAAGUUUAUGAACAAGUGGAAUGAACUAUAUUGUUUUGUAUUGCCUGAAAGGGUUGGAGCCAUUCCAGUCUGUUUAAUUUGCAAUUCAACUGUUGCUAUUAUUAAAAGUGGAAAUUUAAAACGGCAUUAUGAAAAUACUCAUAAAGAUUUUCAUACAAAAUUUCCUCCAGGCAGUGAAGUGCGUAAAAAUAAGCUCCAUGCAUGUAUGUUAUCUUACAAAAAUAGUACGACUACACUUAUACGGUGUAUGAGUGAACAAGAGAAAUCAACUAAAGCAGCGUUGCGUGUUUGCUGGGUUCUUAAUAAGCACCAAAAACCGUUUUCCGAUUCCGAAAUAGUAAAAGAGUGUAUGUUGGAAGUGGUCACUGCACUUUUUCAAGAAAAUAAAAAAAUCGUUACCUCUAUCCAAGAUAUUCCUUUGUUGGCAAGGAGUAACACAAGAAGGGCGGAAAUGUUGGCAGCCGAAAACAAAAAAAGCUUAUUUGAACUUUUGCAUAAGUCACCGUGCUACUGCAUUGCGCUUGAUGAAUCUUGUGACUUAGUUGAUUCUGAACAAAUGUCAAUUUUCGUACGAUUCUUUGACAUUGAAAAUAAAGUGUUUAGAGAAGAGUUACUAGGUAAGGAAAAGAAAUGCAAUUUUUCGCAUUAA